GGACGCCGUCCUCGCAUAAUUUAUUUAUGAAUCAGCAGCCCAAGAUGGCCGCGCUGGACGGAGCGGGCAGAGCGGAGCGAGCGGCCUUGUUAUUGUUGUUGUAGACGUUCAUUCGAGAUAUAAUGAUGUUAUCAUCGUCGUCGUCGUCAGUCUCCUCAUCGUCGUUAGCACGGUCACAUUAGUCGGUAACGACUGCGGCUAUUUUACACGCGUUCAAAGCUGCCGACGCAGCGAGGCCCUGGUGGGUUAGCGAGGAUGCCUCUGUCCAUGGAGUUGCAAUUGCAGAGCAUCUUCGACGAUGUGAUUAAAACAGAACUCAUUGAAGAGGCGUUUGCGGGCAUGUUCAUGGACACGGAAGAUGAUGAGAAAACAAAACAGAUAACUUGUCUGGCAGCCUUCAAGCUGUAUUGGAGCUCACUGACACAGGAAUCUCACGAGCAGUGCGUACAAUGGGUGGUGCGCUUCAUCCACACCCAGCACAGUCCAAAGAGAAUCUCCUUCCUGUACGACCUGAUUGCGACUGCGGUGGAGACGUCUUUACUGCCACCCAGACUCGUCUGUGAGACGCUGAUCAACUCUGAGCACCUGGAGUACGAGAAGGCUCAGCUGUGGUCACUGACAUUCAAGCUUGUGCGGAAAAUCAUCGGGGGUGUAGACUACAAAGGUGUUCGAGACUUGCUGAAGGCUAUCUUGGAGAAAAUUCAGACCAUCCCCAUCACUGUGAGCUCGUCAGUCGUGCAGCAGCUACAGACGGCGAGAGAUGUGGUGAUGUACAUACUCGACCGCAACGCAUGCCUACUGCCUGCUUACUUUGCUGUGACGGAAAUUCGAAAGCUUUACCCGGAGGGCAAGCUUGGCCAUUGGCUGCUCGGUGGACUUGUAUCCGAUUAUGUUGACAGCUUCAGACCAACUGCAAGGAUAAACUCGAUAUGUGGUCGCUGCAGCCUCUUACCGGUUGUGAACAACUCGGGAGCAAUCUGCAACUCAUGGAAACUGGACCCGACUACUCUCCGCUUCCCACUUAAAGGCUUGCUUCCCUACGACAAGGACCUCUUUGAGCCCCAAACGGCAUUGCUCCGCUACGUGCUGGAACAACCGUACUCUCGCGACAUGGUUUGCAAUAUGCUUGGCCUCAACAAACAGCAAAAGCAACGCUGCCCAGUGCUGGAAGACCAGCUGGUGGAUUUGGUGGUAGUCGCUAUGGAGCGCUCGGAGACUGAGGAGGACCGCCUGGACGACGGAGGCGCCAGCCAGCUGCUGUGGCAGCACCUGUCCAGCCAGCUCAUCUUCUUUGUUCUCUUCCAGUUCGCAAGCUUCCCACACAUGGUGCUCUCCCUCCACCAGAAGUUGGCUGGCCGUGGUUUGAUCAAGGGCAGGGACCACCUCAUGUGGGUGCUUCUGCAGUUCAUCUCGGGCAGCAUCCAGAAGAACGCUCUGGCCGACUUCCUACCCGUGAUGAAGCUCUUUGAUCUCCUGUACCCUGAGAAGGAGUGUUGCCCUGUGCAGUGCAUACCAGUGCCGGACAUCAGCAAGCCCCAGUCAACGCACGCCUUUGCCAUGACCUGCAUCUGGAUUCACCUCAACAAGAAAGCGCAAAGCGACAACUCCAAGCUGCAGAUCCCCAUCCCACACUCCCUCAAGCUGCACCACGAUUUCCUGCAGCAGAGCCUGCGCAACAAGACCCUGACGAUGACCGAUUACAAGAUCGCUCUGCUUUGCAACGCCUUCUCCACCAACUCGGAGUACUUCCCGCUGCCAAUGGGCGUACUGGUGGAGACCAUCUACGGCAAUGGCAAGUCCACAAUCCCGCUGCCCGGCACGAGCUGCAUUGCGUCGGGCUCCACGUCGCCGCUGCCUAUGAACCUGCUCGACUCCCUCACCGUCCACGCCAAGAUGAGCUUGAUCCACAGCAUCGCCACCCGUGUCAUCAAGCUCGCGCAUGCCAAGUCCACCAUCGCUCUGGCUCCGGCCCUCGUGGAAACCUACAGCCGCCUGCUGGUCUACAUGGAGAUCGAGUCUCUGGGCAUCAAAGGCUUCAUCAGCCAGCUGCUGCCCAACGUGUUCAAAUCACACGCAUGGGGCAUCCUGCACACGCUGCUGGAGAUGUUCAGCUAUCGCAUGCACCACAUCCAGCCGCACUACCGUGUGCAGCUACUCAGCCACCUGCACUCGCUCGCAGCCGUGCCGCAGACCAACCAGAACCAGCUGCAUCUCUGCGUCGAGAGCACAGCGCUACGUCUCAUAUCAGGGCUGGGCAGCUCCGAGGUGCAGCCUCAGCUGUCGCGAUUCCUCAACGACCCCAAGCAGCUGCUCUCCACCGAGUCGGAGGAGUUGAACAGAGCUCUCAUCCUGACUCUUGCGAGAGCCACGCACGUGACUGAGAAGCACAUCCUCUCAAGUUCAGAGUCUGUGUCUGGGACCUGGUGCAAGGACAUUCUACAGGCCAUCAUGACCCUGACGCCACACAACUGGGCAUCCCACACACUCAGCUGCUUUCCUCCUCCCCUCCAGGCAUUCUUCAAGCAGAACUCCGUGCCGCAGGAGAACCGCGUGAAUCUCAAGAAGAACGUGGAGGAGGAAUACCGCAAGUGGAAGGCCAUGACGAGUGAGAACGAUCUCGUCAACCACUUCACGGCGCCUGGCUCCUCCCCGCUCUUCCUCUGCCUCCUCUGGAAGAUGCUUCUGGAGUCGGACCACAUCCGCCUGGUCACGUACAAGGUGCUGGAGAGGAUCGGAGCGCGUGCCCUCGCCGCUCACGUGCGAAUGUUCGCAGACUUCCUUGUCUACGAGUUCUCCACGUCCGUGGGUGGGCAGCAGGUUAACCGUUGGAUCGAGAUCCUCAACGACAUGGUGUGGAAGUACAACAUUGUCACCCUUGACCGCCUCGUCCUCUGCCUGGCGCUGCGCUGCCACGAGGGGAACGAGGCACAGGUGUGCUUCUUCAUCAUCCAGCUCCUGCUGCUCAAGCCCAGCGACUUCCGUAAUCGCGUCAACGACUUCGUCAAGGAGAACUCGCCCGAGCACUGGCUCCAGAACGACUGGCACGCCAAGCACAUGAGCUACCACAAGAAAUAUCCGGAAAAGCUGUACUUCGAAGGCCUGGCAGAGCAGGUGAACCCCCCCGUGGCUAUGCAGCCACAGUACCUGCCCAUCUACUUUGGCAACGUUUGCCUGCGGUUUCUCCCCGUCUUCGACAUCGUCAUCCACCGCUUUCUGGAGCUGCCGCCCGUCGCAAAGUCCCUCGAGACGCUUCUCGACCACCUUGGCGGCCUCUACAAGUUUCACGAUCGUCCCAUCACGUACCUCUACAACACCUUCCACUACUACGAGCGCAAGCUGCGGGAGCAGCCGAGCCUGAAGCGCAAGCUGGUGCAGACGGUGCUCGGCUCGCAGAAGGAUAACCGCCCGCAGGGCUGGUGCCUGAGCGAGAUGUACCUCAACUCCCGUCGGGAGGGAUCGUGGACGCCCGAUGACUCCUACUACUGCAAGCUCAUGGCGCGGCUCGUAGACACGAUGGCCGGCAAGUCCCCGGGCCCGUUCCCGAACUGCGACUGGCGCUUCAACGAGUUCCCGAACCCUGCUGCGCACGCGCUGCACGUUACCUGCGUGGAGCUCAUGGCUCUCGCCGUCCCAGCCAAGGACGUGGGCAACGCCCUCGUCAACGUCGUGCUCAAGAGCCAGCCGUUGGUGCCCAGGGAAAACAUCACAGCGUGGAUGAAUGCCAUCGGCCUCGUCAUCACAGCUUUGCCGGAGCCGUACUGGAUGGUGCUGAAUGACCGCGUGGUCGGGGUGAUGAACAGCCCCCUCCUGGCGCACGAGUCCGAGUGGGUCGGCUUUCCGUUCCAGCUGUUUGACUUCACGUCCUGCCACCAGGCGUACGGCGAGAUGUACUGCAGCUACGUGCUGGCCCUGGCGCAUGCCGUGUGGCACCACUCCAGCAUUGGGCAGCUUACGCUCAUACCCAGGUUUCUAAAGGAGGUGGUGAAACCGCUGGUGAAAACCGAGGUGCAACUGCUCUACGUUUACCACUUGGUGGGGCCAUUCCUCUUGCGCUUUCUCCAGGAGCGGACACGUUGCAUGCUGGAGAUUGCGGUGGAGUUUUACGAGAUGCUGCAAGCGGUCGACCAAAACUGUAAACACAUGGGUCACAUGGACCCCAUCUGCGACUUCCUCUACCAUGUCAAGUACAUGUUUACCGGCGACAGUGUAAAAGACUCGGUGGAGAAGAUCAUCUGCACGCUUCGGCCCGCGCUGCAGCUCCGCCUGCGCUUCGUCACGCACAUCAGCAAGGUGGACCCGUCGUCGUCGUCGUCGGCGGCGGCGGCCUCUGCUGCGACGGCAGGCGGCGGAGGUGGAGCGGGCGGUGGGGGUGCCGCACAUUCGGCCACAGGUGGAGGCGGAGGCGGUGGCGGCGGCGGCGGCGGCGGCGGCGGCGGCGGCGGCGGCGGCGGCAGCAGCAGCAGCGCAUCGCCGGCCGCUUCCCACUCCGGCGCUUCUGCCGGCGCAGUGGCUAUGGUGACGGUUCAGUGAAACCAAUUUUUAAGAGCUGACGAAGGAAGGCGCGCGAACCGACUAACGAGUGGCACUCGUCUUGUAGGCACCGUGGCCUUUUGCAGGCGUGUGGCCUGUACGGAUUUCCACCCGCGUCCUGCUGUGAAUUGUCACGAUUAUGGGUCCACGGUUUGAUUUGAGAGUCAAUUAUUUCUUUUUUUAAGUUUGUGGUGAAUGUAGCACCUCUGGUAGCUACAAGGGGUCCCAUAAACCAAUUAUAUGUGACAUAAAUGAAUAAAAAAUUAGUCUUGCACACAAUUUGAUUGUACUUGUGAAAACAUUUUUAAUUAUGAACAUGGAUUUGUUACGUAAAAAUUAGUCUAUUCAAAUUAGUAUACUGCUGAUGCAUUCAUACAUGCAUUGCUUAUAAGAAUCAAUUAUUACCAUUAAAAUCUCCUUAUAUAUAAAAGGCAAA